UUAUGGGAAAACUGAUCCAAAUCAGCAUUGAAUUACUUGUGGACAAGGUGACAUUUCGCUAACGCCGUACGUCAGUAAUUGCAGCAAGGUUUUACAAUGUUAUUAGGUGUCCUCCCCAGCUGCUGAUUUGUCGGCCGAAACUUUGGCAAGUUUGGAUAUAGAACUUCUUGGGAAAAAAGCUUCGACAAGUGAAAUUCCGCUCGAUUUUCCUUUACUAUUCAAUCAGCGUAUACUAUUUAAACGGACUUACAAACAUGGCACCAUUAUGCGAGCGCUGGAGCAGUUAUAUCUUGUCGUUGUACUUACUACGUACUUGGUGGUUCAGAUGACCGUAUGGCUGUACGACUGUUGCGCCGCAGCCCGCAAGAAACAGAAGGCCAAGUGGUGGCUCGAUUCGACGACAGCACCGGGAAUUGUCUCUUAAGCUCAGAUGUUGAUCCGUGUUCCGUCAUAAACCAAAUCGAAGGCCAGAGUUUAGAACUAAGAACGUGCGUAGAAGGAUUUUGUUUCAGACCUCGUCUGAAAUUCCAGUCUUUCGUGAAUAUUCGGGAGAUUGCUGAAAAGCCGAUAGAGGGGGUUUCCGCCUUUGAAGGUACUGAGCCUAGUGCCGGAAGAGCAAACUACGAACUCCCGGCUGGCAAAGAUGACAUACCAAACUAUGAGGCGGUGCUGCAGCAAAUGGAUAGUUGUGCAAAAGAGCUGCAGGCGCAGCAUAUCACAGGAAAAGGUGCAGCUGGUAACACUUAUCUCUACGGCGAAGGCACGACCAGUCAGACCAAGCCGCCAUUCGUUGUGCGCCAUAUCGAUGAUAAACUGUUUAAUCGAAUUCCGAAGUUGCAUAAGACAAUGAGCCAAGAAACGGAUCAGAUGCUGGCUCAUUACCAACUGGACCAUCCAUCCGACACCGCCAUUCAGAAGAUUCAACCGGGCAACGUUCCGGUUAAGGUCUACUGGAAGCUGCGACGCGAUUAUGAAAAAUCCCAUUUUGGCAGAACUAGCAAUAAGCAACCUGGCAUCCAGGCGAACAUCAAACAGAUCAAGAUGCCCGCAUUAAACAGUAUUCGCGAAUCACCUGAAAGAACUAACAGACAAAAUAUGAACAAGGAGACAGUAGCCGCAUUAAGGAGUUCCUUAACCAAUGGAAGGAAAGAAGGGGAUAACCAAUUCGAUCAAAAAUCGACUGAAACAUCCGAACCGGUUUCAUUGGAUGGACGACCUCAUACACUGGCUGAAGUGAAGCAGUUUAUUAAACAAACAGGAAAUAAAUACGAACCAGACAAGGCUGACCAUGAGCCAGGGUGUCCAGCCAGUCAUAAGCCCAAGCGGGAAGUGACUGGCGCAGGUGAUGACGUGGACAUGGCCGCAGUGUAUCGCGAUUUCGCUAAAACCUUGCAUCGGGAUAGAAUGGAAAAGAUAUGUCAAGAACUGCAGCCAGAAAAAAGAGAAAGGGUUUGUUCUCCCUGUUCCACAAAGUCUGCAGAAAUUUCAUGGCAAUCCCCCCAUGAACGAACUGGUCGAAGAUCGAAAACUACUGGUAACACGUUUACCAUGGAAAGGGACAUGCUGUGCUCAAACAAAGAUUACUUAUAUUGAGAAACGACGUGUGCAAGCCCGGAACCCUUGCUGAUGUCUUAGAUUCACACAUUGUUUUCUUAUCAAAACUCAAUGUUAACCGGAAGACGAAAAAUAAUUAUUGGAACAAUAAAAUAUUUCGUCAAUAUUCCGGUAAAAUAUGUUCUUGGUUCAUGAGCCGUGACUCGCCUUAAAGGAUCUCUCGCAACGGAACAAAUCAUGAUGUCAGCGUAAAACUUGUC